AUGUCUGUAACGACUAUAAACGAUCAAUAUCUGGUUACGCUGGCCACCUUCUUAAAACAAACACUUGAUCCUAAUACAAGCCAGCAAGCUGAAAGGGAGCUUUUCAAGGCAGAAGCUGAACAAAAAGACUUUCCGAUUGCUGUUAUGCAACUAGUCACGAGAGAAAAUACUGAUCAAAGUGUUCGGUUUGCAGCGUCAUUACUUUUUAAGAAUUAUAUAAGGAGGAACUGGGCGCAAGAAGACGAGAUAAAACUAACUCCAGAAAUAAGAACAGUUAUAAAAGAAAGUCUAGUAGAUAUUUUGAUAUCUGUACCAUCGAAUAUACAAAUUCAACUAAGUGAAGCUGUGACUUUAAUUGCUGAAAAUGAUUUCCCCAAACAAUGGCCAACUUUGAUUACGCAACUAACUAGUAAGUUUAGCCCAGAAGACUUUGUCAGAAAUAACUCUGUUCUACAAACUGCUCAUUCGAUAUUCAAAAGAUAUAAAUCCGAAUUUCGAACAGAUCCUUUGUAUAAUGAAAUCAAUUUUGUCCUAGAACAAUUCGUUCAACCUUAUUGGCAACUUUUACAGGCUACUGAUAUAUUGAUCACGCAAAACGUCAACAAUAAGCCACAACUUCAAAUUCUUUCACAAACUUUGCUUCUCUUAUUGAAAUUAUUUUAUGAUCUUAAUUGGCAAGAUCUUCCUCCAUUUUUCGAGGACAAUGCAGAAGAAUGCAUGUCAUUUUUACAUAAAUAUUUAAUCUAUAGUAAUCCUCUUUUGAAUUCCACGAAUGAAGAAGAAGCUGGUUCAUUGGAAAAAGUGAAAGCUAUUAUAUGUGAAAUUUGCGCUUUAUAUGCCACAAAAUACGAAGAAAUAUUUACAAUGUUGCCAACGUUUGUGGAAACUGUGUGGACACUCUUAACAACCACAGGUCUGGAAUCAAAGUAUGACAUUCUUGUCAGCAAAGCUAUGGCAUUUUUAUCUAAAGUUGUCAAAUUAGAACGUUAUAGUGGUCUUUUUGCGAAGCGUGAUGUUCUCACACAAUUUUGCGAAAAGAUUAUUUUACCAAACAUGUAUUUUAGACCUAUUGAUGAAGAAUUAUUUGAUUAUGAUCCUAUUGAAUUUAUUAGAAGAGAUUUUGAGGGCUCAGAUGGUGAUACUCGAAGACGAGCUGCGUCUGAUUUUGUCCGCAGUUUGAUGACAUAUUUCCAAAAAGAUAUAACGAACAUCAUUUGGACAUAUAUUAAUAAAUACCUACAGCGUUAUAUCGAAGAUCAACGUAAUUGGAAAGAUAAAGAUGCAGCAAUAUAUUUAUUAACUUCAAUAGCUGCCCCCGGAUCUACAACAAAACAUGGUAUCACAGCGGUUAAUGAAGAUGUUGACGUUGUUGGGUUUUUCUCGGAACAUGUAUUACAAGACUUACAAACAGCGGUUGUCAGUGGUCAACCAGUUUUAAAAGUUGAUGCCAUAAAAUAUGUAUAUACUUUCCGUAAUCAGAUGACUAGGCAACAAUUGAUUUCUGUAUUUCCCUUGUUGGUCAAACAUUUGUCAUCUUCUAACUAUGUGGUUCAUACAUAUUCUGCAAUUUCAAUUGAGCGACUUUUAUUCAUGCGUAAAGACAAUGUUAUGUUAUUUUCUAAGACUGAUAUCAAGCCAUAUACGCAAGAAUUACUUAUUAAUUUGUUUAGAUUGAUUGAGGCUGGUACAACUCCUGAAACAUUGGCUGAGAAUGAUUACCUUAUGAAAGCUGUUAUGCGUGUCAUUUUUACUUGUCGUGAUGAUAUGUCACAAUAUGUUACAGAAAUUAUGGGUCAUUUGAAUAAAAUCUUAGUUGAAAUUAGCAGGAAUCCGAGUAAUCCACGCUUUAAUCAUUAUGUUUUUGAAUCCUUUGGUGCUUUAAUGAUUCUACAGCAAGAUGUAGUCGAAUUUGUUCCAUAUGUCUUCCAGAUUUUUUCACAACUUCUUGAAUAUCAUACGGAACCUGUAUUCCCAGAAACAUAUAGAUCAAUGUUACCAGCUUUAUUGACUCCUGCUAUUUGGGAGAAUGCCGGUAAUAUCCCCGCAUUGAUUAGACUACUUCAUGCAUAUAUUUAUCGCGAUUCGAACUCCAUAGUCGCAAAUAAUCAGCUCGAACCUAUUCUUGGUAUCUUUCAAAAACUGAUAGCUUCGAAAAAUAACGAUAAAUAUGGAAUCGAUUUAUUGUGUUCUAUUGUCCAAUAUAUACCUACGGAAACACUUAAUAAUUAUUUAACGGCAAUCAUAACACUUUUGUUAACCAGAAUGCACCAUAGUAAAACUGAUAGAUACACGCUAAGUUUUGUGUAUUUCAUGUGCUUCUUCCUUGCAAUAGAAAAGGAAGGCGUUAAUCCAGAUUACGUCAUCAAUGUUUUUGAUUCUAUACAAAGAAAGCCCAAUAUUUUAACAGCAUUGAUCAAGUUAUUUGAAGCACCUACUGAAAUUAAAAAAAAUUAUGAUGAAGAAGAAGAAUUAUUAACUUACGACUUUGAGGAAGAAAGGCAAUUUCAAAGUGCCUUUGCUAGAUUAACGUCUACGGGAAAACUAAAACGUGAUCCAACUGAAAAAAUCGACGAUCCCAAGCUUUUUCUUGCCCAUUCACUUCAAGCAUUGAGCCAGAGAUAUCCUGGGAAGAUCAACGAGAUGAUAUCAACGAAACUUAAACCGGAAUGUACAAAUCAUUUGGUUCAAUACAUGAAUUUAGCGAAUCCAGGUGGCGUUGAAUAA